CUUCCCGGCAGCCCUUGCGUAGGGGAGGCGGGCCCGAGCCCCGGCUCUCCCACGCUCAGCAGCUCAUUGGCGGCAGGUUUGAAAACCCGGGCACAGGCGGAGGCUCCGGCAGCAGGCGGCCUCCCGCUCCACGCUGCGGGGUUCCCCCUACCGCGUCACCGGGCGCUACGUGGAGGAGGACGCGGGCCCAGCCCGGAGAAGCGACGCCGCGGCCCUGAAGCGGCAGUGCGGCGGCCCGACUCCAGCCAGGGCGGCUAGCUUCCGGGGGCCUCCUUGGCGCCGGGGGGGAUCCAGGGCUCUGCUGCGGUGUGUCACGGAGCCUGCAGCACACGGAGAGCGAAGGGAGGACCCCGGAGGAGCGCCUUCUCCGUACACGCCGGGUCCCGACCCGCCGCCGAGCCCCCGGGGGCGCGGCCUGAGCACGCACGCACGCGCGCGCCUCUCCGCUCUCCUGCCCGCGCACGCUCGGUCCCGCCGCGCCCGGCCGGGUCAUGGAGGCGUCCGGAGGCGUUGGGGGCGCUUUCCUGAAAGAUAUUGUGGCCUAUGUUGAAGUAUGGUCUUCCAAUGGGACAGAGAAUUACUCAAAGACAUUUACCAAACAACUUGAGGAUAUGGGGGCAAAGGUUUCAAAAACUUUCAACAAGCAAGUGACCCAUGUGAUCUUCAAAGAUGGAUAUCAGAGCACCUGGGACAAAGCCCAGAAGACAGGGGCAAAGCUGGUUUCCGUUCUCUGGGUUGAAAAAUGCAGGAUGGCUGGAGCACAUGUCGAUGAAUCUUUGUUCCCUGCAGUGAAUACGAAUGAACAUUUACCAAGCCUAAUUAGAAAAAAACACAAGUGUAUGCAGCCCAAAGAUUUUAUUCCUAAAACACCAGAAAAUGACAAAAGACUUCAAAAGAAAUUUGAGAAAAUGGCUGAAGAGCUACAAAGGCAGAAGACAACUCUUGAUGAUGGCAUCCCUGCCCUCCUCUUUGAGUCUCCCCGCUCAGUGGUGUACAGCCCCAUGGCUCCCGCUGGGAGUCACCAGAGCAUGAUGGAGAAGAGACUACAAGAGAUGAAGGAGAAAAGGGAGAACCUUUCCCCUACCUCUUCCCAGAUGUUUGAACAGUCUCAACUGAAUCCAAAUAUCACUCUGUAUGAAGCAUCUUUGAACAUUUCUCAUGAAUCUUUAAGUUCAGAUGAGUCCUUUGCCAGUUGUUCACACUCAUCUUUUGAUGGUCUCUGUGGAAAUCGGGAAAGGAAAUUGGCAAGAUCUGCUAAUGAGAUGGCCAGGAAGGCAUGCCCUUCCUCACCUGUGUUGAAGACAAGCAGUUCUUAUGAUUCAGUAUCGCCCAACUAUCUCAGUCAGCUAAAUCCUCAGAAAGCUGCAGACAGUCCUCCAAAGGAGAGUGUCAGCUGGCAGAAGGAUGCUGCAGAUGAGGAAGCUGACCCGGAGAGAAAGCAAGCUGCAGGUGUGUCUCCGGGGAUACCUGAUGAGAAGCAAUGUCUGUCUCCUGCAGUGUCUGCCAUUGAUGAACACUUGGUGCAUUUGGGACCCAAGAGUUCCUUGGCAAAGAGAAAAAGGCCAGCAGACUUGGGGUCACCUCCAAAAGGAAAGAAGAGGUACAGUAGGAAGUCUGCCCUGCCACUACAGUUGUUCAGGUCUGACCAUAAUCUGCAGUCCAUGACCGACCCCAUCCCGGGGACUCCUGAUGUUGGGGCUUCCUCUUAUGAGGACUACUUUUCCCCUGAUAAUCUCAAGGAAAGGAAUUUGGAGUCCCUUCCUCCUGAGGCUCAGCCACUAGCAAGCCCUUCCCUCUUGCACUCUAAAGGUCUCUCAAAGUGGGAGCGAAGAAACAUACUGGAAAUGUGUGACUUUACCAGCAUUGGUAAAAAACCCAGAUCCAUCAGCAUUACUGACUUAAUGUCAAAAGGUACUUCUAGUCUGGAGAAACCUGACAAGAAAGUGAGUACAGUUUCUAGGUGCAUUUUGGUGGGAACAUCUGCUAAAGAAAGCCCAGAGCACUGCAGGCAGCCUGGCCCUCAGCUGAGGGAGGACACAGGCCCACAGGGAAAUACCCAUGCUGACACCCAGAACAGCCCUGCUCGUGGUGCCAUGCCCUUGAAAGGAGGGACUAAGGAAGCAAGAGACCCAGUUGAUGUAAACGGCUCCCCCAAAGACAGUACCACUCCUCCAACUUCGGCCUCUUCUGAAGGAGAAGCACCCAGCUUCCGUAUUGGAGAGGAUUGUAAUGUAGAGAAAUCUGUAGAAGAAAAGGAGAACAUAUCCACAGGAUAUAGUGAAAAAUACCAGCUGUUGGGAGUUGAUGAUGGACCACUGUCCUUCCAGCAGGUCUGGCUACCAGAUCUUAAGGAAGGUGUUAAAAAUGGACCAGUGAAGACUGAAACUUCAGACAGCUCUUGCACAGGUCUUGUCAGACCUCGAGAGAAAGCCAAGAAAUGUGACAAAGGACAAAAGCCAAUGAGAACAUUAGUCAUGACAAGCAUGCCGUCUGAGAAGCAGAAUCUCAUCAUCCAAGUGGUGAACACACUGAAAGGCUUUUCAUUCUCACCUGAGGUCUGCGAGUCCACCACCCACGUGCUGGUGGGGAAGUCUGUCCGCACCCUGAACGUGCUGAUGGGGAUUGCGAGAGGAUGCUGGAUUCUUUCUUACGAAUGGGUGCUGUUUUCUUUAGAGUGGGGUCACUGGAUCUCUGAGGAGCCUUUUGAACUCUCCGAAUCUUUCCCUGCAGCUCCGGUCUGCAGACUUGAACGCCAGUUAUCCACCCGGCGAUACCAAGGAAACCUCUUUGCCAGUCAGCCGAAGAUGUUCAUUUCACCUGCCAGCAGCCCCCCAAGAGCCAAGCUGUGUGAACUGGUACUCCUGUGUGGUGGCCACAUCAGCCCAGCCCCUCAGCUGGCCAGCCUCAUCAUUGGUCCCUACUGUGGCAAGAAGGAAGCAAGGAUCCAGUACCUGUCAGAGAAAUGGGUCUUAGAUUCCAUCACCCAACACAAAGUCUGUGACUUUGACAACUACCAGUUGCUACAAUGAGAAACAAUGGCUGCCGUCCUCAACACUCAAGAAAAACAGCCAUGGAAAGAAGAAGAAGGAACCAGUGUACAGCUUAAGGCUUGAUGUCGCACAUUACCUCGUGUGCUGUUGUUUUUAUCUUCAGUGUCAUGUGUGUUUGGUGCUGGAGAUUAAAUCCAGAGCUUACUAAGCAAGCACUCUACCACUGAGCUACAUCUCCAGCUUUUACCUUUGAAACUCUUUUAUGUAAUUUAUUCAUGACUCAUAUUGUAUUUCAGAGAAAUCUUGGCCAGCACCAAUUGGGUUUUUUAUACAAUGCUAAUAAUGACCAUGAUGAAAAGGUCACAGAACUUUUGUCUUCAAGAUACUUUACUCCCAGUUACAGAAUGGAAAUUGAUUUAAAUUGCUUUAGUCCUAAACAAUCAAGCAAAGCCCUAACUUUCUUGGCUUGGACUCUGAGGUCUUUGUUAGUAUGCUGUGUCUAGGUAGGAAGGUCAGCCAUGCAUUGUUAAGAUUACACUUACAUCUCUGAGAUGCUUCUCAGAGCAGUUAAGGAAGAUGGGUCUGAAAGUUUUGUACAAUGACUGUGUCUGCCUUCUGAAUGGCUGUCAUUCAGCCUCAAAUGGCUACUGCAAGGUUCUCUAUGCAAAGUCAACUGCUGGGACUGAAUUAUGUCAGGGGUGUCCAAUCCAUGGCCCAUGCGUCCUAUUUGUCAAAGGAGAACUGUGAAUGUGGCUAAUACAAAAUUAUAAACUUACUUAAAAGUAUUAUAAAGUGUGUGUGUGUGUGUGUGUGUGUGUGUGUGUGUGUUGAGAGGUAACUCAAUUGCACAGUUCUUGUGCGUGAACUUUGUAGAUGACCACAUUGCAUUCUAAUAUGAAAAGCCUGGAUAUACCAUCAGAUUGGUAACUCUACAUUGUGUUGACACAGAGUCUCACUAUAUAGCCCAGACUGGCCUGGAGCUUGCAGACCUCCUGUCCACAUCCCAAAUGUUGGGUUAUAGUUGUGUGACACCACAUUCUCAUGCUGCUCUGGCACUGCACAGAGAUACUGAGUCUCAGUGAGCUUGAAGGUAUCACUCAGUUCAUUGCGGUUUUCUGUAAUGUGAUUGGUUGCUCAUGUCAGCUGCUGUUUCCAACUCAGUAAGUCUGACUCUACUUCCAAAAUCUUGUCAUUUUAGUGAUAAGCAGUUGAAUCAUACAAUAUGUGACUUUGUGGCAUUGGCCUUUUUACCAUGUAAUUAAUGCUCUGAUGAUUCAUUCAUGUCAUGUGUGGCAGCAGACAAUUCCUUUUUGUUGCCAAACAGUAUUCUGUGGCAUAGCUGUUCUACAGCUUUGUUAUUCAUCCCUUGAAUAAAGUGAAGGAAUGAAGCCCAGUGGGAAUGGCCCUCUGAAAUUUAAAGCAAUUUGUGGUGUCAUGUGUACUGGAUGAUCCAGCAGUCCAAGCUCCUUGGAAGGAGUAGAUCAAAUGAGAGUGUGCAAGACCCCAUUUAUCAUUGCCCCCCUCCUCUACAAUCUGAAUAUCUGUUUUCCCUCACAAAUCAUGGCUGGAAACCACCACUCCCAAAUGGUGUCAGGAGGUUUUAGAGAGGUGACCAGAUCAUGGAGCCCUGGAAGGAGACUCAGGGUAAGCUCUUUGCUUCUUCCACAACAUGAGGAUAAACCAAUAAGACACUGGGAUCCCCAAAAAUGACUUGUUCAAACCAUACCCUAAGUUACUCGGGCACCAUGGACUUUGGAGUCUCCCAGUUCUGUUGGUCAUUGGGAAAGUGCCAGCACCCAGUCUGUACCACGCCCAGGCCUCGAGCAGGACACAGCAGCAUCUUGAGAAGCAAAGGAAGACAAAGAUGUUCACUGUGAGAAGUUAGGAUGGAGGUCAAAGCAAGACCAAAGGGAAGCAUGUAUCAACAGCCAGGUGUACCAUUCUAUAUAUGCUAUUCCCUUAGGUCAACAUCAAGAGCAAGUUGCUGUUGCCGUUCUCUUCACAUGUGCAAAGCCAUUAACCUGAUUGCACACAGCAAGUGGUCACUCCUUGCUUCCUUCUGUGACCUGAUGCAGACCUGGCUAGUUCAGUCCUUGUUGAAUGACUUCAGUCCUUCACUCCACUCCCGCUCCCUGGAGCUCAUGAUUGCUGACCUCUCACCUUCCAAACAUGUAGUUAACCUUCCUGGUGACCAACCCCAACCAGAAGCUAUCUAGAGGAGGGCCAUCAUGAGGAGGUUCUCCAGCAUGACUUGAGGAUUCCUAGUUCUCUUCUUGAUUUUCUCCACAGUGAAUGUAUUAAACUGGUUAAAUCACCACUUUUCAUGCAUCAGAAUAAAUAUAAAAACCCAAAGACAAGCAUCUCCUAUGUGUCACAAUAAAUAUAAAAGCCUGAAACAAGCAUCUCCUGUCUCUUUGCUCAUCAGAAGCCAUUACUAGCACACUUGAAGACAUUAAGACAACAAUUUUGAAAGUUAGCCACCAACACUGACAAGGCUGGCUGUGUGUACCUAUACACUACUGGAAGCUUGAUAAAUUGACACAAUGUCUUGAUUUUUACAUGUGGAAAUCAAACCUAGCACCUCCUGCAUGCUGAGCAAGCAAGCACUCUAACACUAAGCUACAUCCCCAGCCUUUGACAAGACAGCGUGAGGAAGCAAUUUGUUGAUCACUAUGGAAACAUGGGUAUUUAUGCCCUAGAUCCAUGUGAUUUAAUUGUAAUAAAGUCUUCUAAGAGAAGGAAAGUUGCAUGUACCCAGUUCCUUCUUUUAUUUUCCUGUUGCUGAGGUAAAAUACCCUGACAAUAUCAAUUUAAGGGUUUUCUGCCACAGUACAAUAGUACAGUCCAACAUUGCAGGGAAGACAGGACAGCAGGAACCUGAAGCAGCCGGCCACAUGAUGUCCCAUCCCUAAUCAGGAACACAGCAGUGAGUGCUUAUUGCUGCUCAGCCUCCUUUCACCACUUAUGCAGGCUAGGACCCUACCCAGGGAACCAGGCCAUUUGUUUUGGUGGGUACUCACACCUCAUUUAACCUAAUCAAGAUAAUCCAUGAAGGAAUGCCCCGAGGCCCAGCUCCCAGGAAAUCCUAAAUUCUGUCAAGUUGACAACACUUACCAUCACACCAGUGAUGUUCACAAUAGCAAUACUCACCAUCAAGCAUUAAUUACACUGAAAGGAAAUGGAUGCCCAACAAAAAGAAACAAUUGUUUUUAAUUACUAGAAAUCAGUCCGGUGAAAUGUCAAGUAGCACUUAAAAUUAUGGAAAACAGUACAGUUGAAGAAACAUAAUAUGAAAUAAAACUAGGCAAUUUUACUAUAGUCCAUUAUGCAGAUUUUAUUUGCACAGUACAGUGUUCUAGGACAAUAGCAUGAAAAAAAAAUGAUUACAGUAAAGUUGACCAUGGUUGAUUUGUUAAUGCUGUGAUAUUUAUCCAGGAAUACUUGUAAUGAUUUUGAAAUGCAAAAUUCAGCCACCUACAGUCAAAACCAAAGCUCUUGAGCUUCAGGGAGGUGGAGAUGAACUUCCUGGACUAAGGUGUCAGCAGAACUGACUUCUCUUUGGAGCCCUGCAUUUUUUCCUGGGUGAGGGGUGCCCACACCUACCCCUUGGCCUUUCCCCAUUCACUCCAAUCUCAUUCUUAUCCCCAGGCCCCCCUGUUAUCCUCAGCCGAGGGGCCUUGUCAUUACAAGGACUACCCAGGUAAUCCAGGAUAUUAUCUUUAUUUAAGUCAACUGAGUACCUACUUUCCCAUAUACCUCUGCAAGUGAGGUACCUCAGUUGCAGAUUCAAGGGUCGGAACAUGGGUGUCUUGACAAGGCCUUGAAUAUGCUUCCUGCACUGCCCUACACUGCCCAUAGUUCUCCCCACAUGAAACCUGAGGCUUGCUGACAGCCAUUUUCUGGGGCAUAACCUGAGACAAGUCAUUUACUGUUUCUUCAACUGGUGAAAUCAUCCCACCUGCCCUGAAGUCUGACAGCCCAGGGUGCUGGGCCAGGAGACACACCCGCCUGCAAAAGGAAGUCAGCACUGAGGUCUGUAUUCUGAGUUGUGUCCACCCAAAUAACUCAUGGGCGUUCCCAGCACAGAGUAGAAAAUGUCCACUAAAUAGCCCUGGUUCCAAACAACCCAAGAGCACAGAGACAGUAGGUAAUUUGUUCAAUGAUUGUGUGCUCAGCAAUUAUUUGAUUUAAUUAAUAUUAGGUUGUGGAUCCUGUUAUUGAGUUAUCUGGGUUACAGUGUUACAUUCUCUGCUCUCAAUGCUGAUUUUUCUACUAAUUUCAAGCUGUGAAGGUUUUGUGCAUGCCAAGAAGACAGUAUCUGGUUUUCUCUAAUAUUUGAACUGUUAACUGAAAGACAGUAAUUAAAAUUAUUGACCUGAAACUAAACAAGAGCACACACAUAUUCUACAGGCUAAACUAAUAUUUUAUUUGGUACGAGUUCCCAGCUUAGGCGUUCCUAUUUUCCCAAAGCCUUAAGACCUU